AGCUCGGUGUACAUGGGAAGGAGACUUCUGGUGGACAGCCUACUCCUACAUGCAGACACAGAGGUCGCAGAGAAGAAACCCUCCGCUUCAUGUUGCUCCCAAACAGCCUCCAUGUAGCUUCACUCGACUCUUUCAAAGCUGCAUGAUUAAACGAAAAGGAAAUUAUGACUGAAAACAUCUGUGUGCGGCAUACUUUAGAUGAAAAGGUUUCGCUCUGCCGGAGGUCGUACGCAUUUUUGUCUUUUGUAUUUCCUUGCUGAAUGUCGUGGACAUUUUGGAUUUUUUUAAUGCUCUCUGUCAUUAAGUCUUACCAAUUAAGGACCCUUUUUUUCUAAUUUCUUCACCUGUCGUUUAGUUUGAGUAAGGUAAAUACUUUUGGGUGUGGAAACAACUGGCGACGUCAACGUUAGACAACUUGAGAAUGUGCGCACUGGGCCAGCUUCGAGUUGCUCUUUAAUGGGGCAACAUUAGCUAACUGCUAACGCUAGCAAACCCCCCUAUUGAACUAACCUCAAGCAAAGCAGUUAAGCUAGCUAAUGCCCACUUCUUGACAUUAUUUGGAUAGUAGCAACUGGCCUAUAGCCUGGACAUCAGCUGACUCGACAGUAAUUCAGUGCCUGAGGAUGUCCAAGCGGAGCUUGUUUGUUCGUCUGGUGCCAUGCCGCUGCUUGCGGGGUGAGGAGGAGGCAGUAACAUCGCUGGACUACUCCCACUGCAGCCUGGAGACUGUUCCUAAGGAGAUCUUUAGCUUUGAGAAGACCCUGCAGGAACUCUACCUCGAUGCCAACCAGAUCGAGGAGCUGCCUAAACAACUGUUUAACUGCCAGUUACUCCACCGACUGAGCAUGCCAGAUAACGACCUAACAGUGUUGCCAGCAGCGAUCGCAAACCUCAUCAAUCUCAGAGAGCUUGAUGUCAGCAAAAACAGUAUCCAGGAGUUUCCGGAAAAUAUCAAGAAUUGCAAAGUCCUAGCUAUUGUAGAAGCUAGUGUGAAUCCUAUAUCCAAGCUCCCAGACGGGUUCACCCAGCUUCUGAGUCUGACGCAGCUCUACCUGAACGAUGCCUUCCUCGAGUUCUUGCCAGCCAGCUUUGGCAGGUUGACUAAACUCCAGAUCUUGGAGCUGAGAGAGAACCAGUUAAAGAUGUUGCCAAAAAGCAUGCAGAAGCUCACGCAGCUGGAGAGGUUGGACCUGGGGAGCAAUGAGUUCACUGAAGUGCCUGAGGUGUUGGAGCAGCUGACUGGAAUCAAGGAGCUGUGGAUAGACGGGAACAGACUGACGUUCUUACCUGGGAUGCUUGGGACGCUAAAACACCUGGUGUACCUGGAUGUGUCCAAGAACAACCUGGAGAUGGUAGAUGAGCAAAUCUGCGGCUGUGAGAGUCUGCAGGACCUUCUGCUCUCCAACAAUGCCCUCACACAGCUGCCGGGCUCCAUCGGCUCACUGAAGAAGCUGACGGCGCUGAAAGUGGAUGAGAACCAGCUGAUGUACUUGCCAGACUCAGUUGGAGGACUGGCAUCUCUGGAUGAGCUGGACUGCAGUUUCAACGAGAUCGAAGCAUUGCCCACCACCAUCGGUCAGUGCGUCAGCAUCCGCACCUUUGCUGCAGAUCACAACUUCCUUACCCUUCUUCCCCCCGAGAUGGGCAGCUGGAAGAAUGCAACUGUGCUGUUCCUACAUUCCAACAAGCUGGAGUGUUUGCCUGAGGAAAUGGGUGACAUGCAGAAGCUCAAGGUCAUCAAUCUCAGUAACAACAAGUUGAGGAAUCUUCCCUACAGUUUCACUAAACUGAGCCAGAUGACUGCAAUGUGGCUGUCUGAAAAUCAGUCAAAGCCGCUGAUCCCUCUCCAGAAAGAGGAGGAUCCAGAGACACACAAAACUGUGCUGACCAACUACAUGUUCCCUCAGCAAACCAGGACUGAGGACUACAUUCCCAUCUCUGACUCCGAAAGCUUCAAUCCAGCUCUCUGGGAGGAACAACGCAAGCACCGAGCUCAGGUGGCCUUCGAGUGUGACGAGGACAAGGAUGAGAGAGAAACGCCCCCAAGGGAGGGAAACCUGAAGCGCUACCCUACUCCAUACCCAGAAGAGCUGAAGAACAUGGUGAAGACGGCCCAGUCCGUGGCUCACAGGCUGAAGGAGGACGAGUCGGGUGACGAGUCGGGGAAGGAUGCAAAACCAGUUGAGAGGAACCACAUUGGAGUGCAGGACGUGGGAGUUAAGGUGAUAGAGGCUCCCUAUCCUAAUGGCACGGCAUCAGACAUGGAUCCCCAAGUAUCCUCCAACACAUACGGCCAAAACUCCUCUUCAACAGAAUGGAAAGACACUUCAGAUUCUUACAGCGCUCACAAAGUUCCUCUCAAACCUUCGGGGGGCUCGAUGAUGAACCACGAGGACACGCUUGAGGAUUCUGACGGGCUGUCUGAUGAAGAGGAGGAGAUGAAAAUUGCCGAGAUGAGACCCCCUCUUAUUGAGAUCUCCAUCAACCAGCCUAAAGUUGUGACUUUAAAUAAGGACAAAAAAGAUGACGCCGACUCUUUGCUGGAUGACACCGUGGCCAACAGCAACCAGAACAACAGCAACUGUUCGUCGCCAUCACGCAUGUCUGACUCCGUGUCUCUGACCACAGACAGCAGUCAGGACAACUCUCUGUGCACCCCUGAGAGGGAGGCGAAGAUGCCCUUCCUACCAAAAAGGCAAGAGGAUGAAAAUAUGAACCAGCCUAAAGACACCGCCCCUCUGCUACAUAAUGGUAAUGGCUCUGAAACGUCCCUUCAAGCUCUUCUGAAAACCCAGCAGACCCCGCCAGAGAAAAUGGGCGACUAUGACCUGUCAAUGGAAGCCAGGCUGGUCCUUAUUGAGAAGGGAAUUAACAACGGCAUGGGAGAAACGUACACCAAGUGGGACCAGAUCAAUAUGAACGUGUCCAAGUUGCCAACCGACAACAUGGUCCGGCUGGACGAGGUGGACAAAACCAAGAAUGGUUCAGUAACCCAGGAGGACUUGGACAGCAAGCAGGGUUUUAGCAAUGACAACAUGGAGCAUUUUCUGAAUGGAAACCAGCAGGUCAGUGACUGCAUCAAUAGUCUGGGGAACAAAAGCCAAGCGAUGAGAGUCGAGACAUCUGCUGUGCAUUUGGCCUCGACAGGCAUGACAGCCAGCAGUGACAUGUCUCUGUCUCGCAGCACAGAGGAACUGUCUCCAGACAAAAGGUGCCAUCCAGGUGCCAUGCAGGUGAUUAAGUCUCAAAGUGUGAGCAACAUAGAAGCAGGAGGCAUGAAGCUAUUCUCCUUUGAUGGAGAUGAUGAAUCCUAUGACGCAGCAGGAAUGACUAGGAUGGCAGGGGCUGGCCCAGGGCCAGGAGCUCAGGGCCAGAGCAUCGUCAGGAGCAAGUCAGCCAGUCAGUUACUCAACGACCAGACUCUGCAGAUCUACCCCGGCUCCUCUGCCUCUUCCUCAGACCUGCUCUCUUCCUCUAAGCCCCCUGCCAGCACCAGCAGAUAUCCAGUUUCCUCCAGCAUGGCCAUGGGCAUCCCUCCUCCUCAGUACAAUGUCCAGUACACAAGCAGUGCCAUGCCUACAGAGGGCCUCUGGGCUCCGAGGACGCCCAUGCCCCCCGAGCAGCAAGGCUACCUCCCCCCUCCUCCUCCACACUCACUAGCCAACACCAACUACUCCAACCGUAAUCAAGCACCUCCCUACCCUAUACAGACCCAGCAGAGGGGGCCUCCUAUGGCUCCCAAAGGCUCUGGGGACAUGUGGGCUAAGGAGAGGCUUCAUUCUACUGCAAGCCAGGCCAGAAGCAGUACUCUGCAGAGGCAAAGCAGCACCGCCUCCACAGUUUCCAUGGGCGACCCGAGGCGCAUACAGGUGCCUGAUGGGGAAUACAUGACGUACAGGGACAUUCACACCCUCGCCAGGGGGCCGCUGGCAAUGAGCCAGGCCAUGCAGAGGCCCCUCUCGGCUCGCACUUACAGCAUUGACGUACCCGGAUCUUCCAGGACUCUCUGCGCCAGGCCGCAGCCCCACGAGCUUCCAGAGAGGACCAUGUCUGUCAGCGAUUUCAACUAUCAGCAAAGCAGCCCCAGCAAGAGGCCCAACACCAGGGUGAAGUCUGAGCACUCGCUGCUGGAUGGGCCUGGACAGGUGUCGGGGGGAGUCGGGCCAGGAAGGGUGCCAUCUGACUGGAGAGACCAGGUGAUGCGGCACAUCGAGGCCAAGAAAAUGGAAAAGAAUGCGCUGUCUCGCUCCUAUAAUUCCAAUAACGCUCCGCUGAGCUGGUCUCACUACGGCAGCUGUAGGGAUAUGCAUGCCAGCCAAGGGUCUCUGGUCUUUAGUGCCAGGGGCGGACAGCCCUACGGAGCUCUGGGCUUCUGUGAUGAUGUGUUUCCCCAAGGGCAGCAGAGCUACACCAUGGACCCCCACAGAAAGGUGCCUUUGAUGAACGGUCAGAUGGGCACUUCUGUUCGUCCACAGGUGAGCCAGGCGCCCAUGGCCCGCCACCCUUCCAGAGAGCAGCUCAUUGACUACCUGAUGCUCAAAGUCUCCCAUCCGCCCCCGGGGGCCCCGCGCAUCCCGCAAGACGCACCGCAAGAGUUCCGUGUGAAAGUGGAGAAGAGUCCAGAACUUGGUUUCAGUAUAUCAGGAGGAGUGGGAGGCCGGGGAAAUCCAUUCCGCCCAGAUGACAAUGGUAUAUUUGUGACCCGGGUUCAACCUGAGGGGCCGGCGUCCAUGAUUCUUCAGCCUGGAGAUAAAAUCGUCCAGGCAAACGGCUACAGCUUUGUGAAUAUCGAUCAUGGGAAUGCAGUAGCUCUCUUGAAGACGUUUCCAAACACUGUGGAUAUGAUUAUCGUAAGAGAAGCGCAAGCGUAGACUCGACUGAAUCGGAACCUCGAAAGCCGAGGGACACGAGACGAGAGACAAACUGAGACAUUGAUGUUGACUCUCAUAUUUUUAUACACAGAGGAGACUGACCUGUUGAUACCUGUUGGGACUAUUUAUAGUAGAGCGCUUCAUAGCCUUGAUCAAACAGGGAAAACCACUGAAUGUAGUGGAUCAAAGUGAGACGGCGGCAAACCUCUGCAAGUACAAGUCCUCAAAAGGCCAUCACUGUGGUAUAUAUAUUUUUAUACAAAAGAAGCUGAAGAUAUGACCUGCUCUGAUGCAAAGAAUUACUGUGGUCUCUGUACAGAUCAUCUUUUCCUUCUUUUUUUGUCCUAAACUCAGAAAUCCUUUAUCAUAAAUUAGUUUUUAUUUCUGCAGAUUGACAUGAAUUGACCACUUUGGGACAUGGCUUCCUCUCCUUCAGCCAAUUUGCCUUUUUUUUUUUUUUUAAGAUGUUGAAACCAUUAUCUGGUCUGCCGUGCGAUCUUGUAUGGAGGACAAUGUUACGUGCUUUUCAUGUGGAGACGAAUGUAGAUGGAGAGAGAUUGUUUCUCUUCUUGCAAGAUUGAGGAGUUGAGAAGAGGAAAUCAUCCACCCCCCCCCCCUGCUUCCACAAACCUGUGAACACGCUCCAGCGUACCGACACUUCUGUCCUCACUUCCACCCAAAUGUCCUCACAGCUCUGCAUAUCACCGGACCAGACCACUACCUGUGCUGUGUGGAAACAAUCCUUCGCAAUAUGAAUGAAUUACAGCUUCUCAGAUGUUGAAGAAAUGCAUUUGAUCAUCUAAUGGAAAUGGAAAGGAAAUUCAAAUAUUGGGGGAAAUGGGAGAGGAGAGGUGUAGCAGGUGUUUGCUCAGCCUUAAUCUGUUUUGCCAGUCGGAAGCUUUUGUUUAAAGUUUUAAAGAAAUUGGGAAAUACGCUUUCAGGCCGAGCGUGACGUGAACGCAGAAUGAAGCGCUAGCAAUGACGGUAAGCCAGGAAGAGCUAAUGCGUGUAUUUCUAAAAAAACAAAUGUCAGAAGGAUUCCUUUAAGCGGAGAACGAUAUAGCGGUUGUGCUAGUUAACCAAAGCAAGUUUUUGAAAUUGCAGACGGAAGGAAAAAGGCAGGAGACGACUUUUUAAGAAAGAUAUUUGAAUAAGAACAGGUCAACGUUUUACUCGUGUUUUUAAUUUGUUGAGAGCUUCAUCUUCCAAGCAGCCAUUAGUGAGAUGUUUUGUUUGCAGGGGUUUCAACAUCUGUCCGUUUUUAGUUUUUACAUGGGAGAAGACCACCGUUUGCCUUUUGUGUCUCUACAAAUGUUUUAUCAUGCUUUUUACUCAUCACUUUGGAGCAGUUCUCUCAGUCUGUGUUUAUUUGCUUUGCUGUACAGAGAGUAGAGUUUGGAGAAACAAGUUGUCAAGUGCCAUAGACCUUGAACUGUUUGAAUAGGGGGAUGACCUUUGACCCCAGAACCCAAGCAAUAUCCACACAUUCACAACCUACUUACGUUUGCAGCAUAAUGGCUUAAAAGCAAUAUUCAAAGCCUUUUUAUUUUCUCUCAGAAAUCCUCUUCAGAUAGAAACACAAUCUUUUAGUAAUCACCGAUGAUUUUACAUAUUUGUUUUAUAUUGUGAAAACUUUUUUUGUAAUGAAAUAGCACAGGAAAUAUAUGUCAGUGCUUAAAAAAAAAAAGAUUUAUCUGCAUUGUGUAAAAGUGAAGGGCGGUGUCACUUUGCCCCUUUUUACUGUGUGUUGCUUGGAUUACCACAGCUCCUGAUGUUCAUCUGUGCAAAACUAAUCAACGUACACUGUUGGAAAAAGAAUCCAGUCAAAGCUGCGCCUCAGAACAUUCCUAAUAUUUGUCAAAGAAAUAUGUCGGAAGGAAAAUAUGUUUUUAAAGGCAACAUCAUCUCCUUUUUAAUCUUCAUUCACUGCUUAAUAACUUUUGAGUGAGACGUGUUUCCACAAGAAAUGGGAAUGAUAGAAUUCACUAAGUAAUGGCCCGAUGAAUCCAACGAUACAUCUGUGACCGCUGAAUAGUUUGUACAAUAUCUAAUAUCAUUUUAUCCUCCAGUGUUUCAGCAAAUAUCAUCCCCUCAACCUGUUAACUCGUGUCAUCUAAUGUUCCCAUAUGGAGUCAAAAUUGACAUAUUGUGGCACUGUCGAACCAAAAUAAAAACACUGGUAAUUAACACAAUUAUUAUUAAUAACAAUAGUUCCCAUAAUUCUUAUUAACUGGAUUUAAAAUUGCUACAUUUUAUUCACAAGCAAAUUAAAUUAACAUGUGCGUUUCCCAAAUUGCUCACAGAACGUAGAGUUUUACACCGAUUAAUUGUUAUAUUAUUUGUAUUAAUUUGUUGGUGAUUUCUGUUGACUUUCUAAGAGUAGGGGGGGGGGGGGGGGUUCUGCGGUAAUGGUCACUUUAUAUUCAUGGCAAAAACAUACAGACAUCGUAGACAAUCUAGGGAGAUAAAAAUGUCACAUUUUUCUUCGCUUCAUGUUGCUCGGUUUCUUAUGCUCCCGUAUUGUUCUUAUUUAUUUAGUCUUCUGUGGUUUUUAGACCUUACUAAUCAAAUUGUAAAUAUCUUAAAAAAUUGAGAAAAUAAUUAAUAACGGCAUUAGUGACUUGCGAUUGUAAAACCAGCAAUAAAUUGCAAUGCAGAGGCACUCGUUUUAAUGUAUAGCUAGUAUUUCUAAGGUUUCUCUGGAAACAGCCACAGUGAGAUGAUGAUUGAUAUGCAUUUAUCCAACAUUCCAGAUUUUGUACAUAAUUACCUGUUUCUGAAGUAACCUGUGGAAAAUAAACUAAUGCUCUUUAGCAA